GGACAUUUUACGAUAGUAUAAAGUGCAAUAAAGUGCGUAUUUUAUGCUUGAGUUGUGGAUUUUCACAAAUCAUUAUUUUUUGAUAUUGAACUGUUACCUGUUGAACAAUGGUGCGAUCGUGUUAUGUGUGCAAGAUAAACAGCAGUAAUCCAGAAUCGGCCAAUUUAUCAUUCCAUCGCUUCCUGACGAGUUUAUAUGAAUAUAUAUCCAUCACUAGCAGUAUGAUACAAUUUAAAGAUGUUCUGGGUGUAGUUCAUCAAGUACAAAAAUAUCCACAUACACAAUCUUCAUGCAACUUAAGUAAACGUGAUUUUGCCAUGAUUUGAUUAUAUUUUUGUGCUAACUAGUUUAUAAUCAUUAGACAGAUCAUUGGUGUAAGACAUGUGUUUACAAUUUUAGACUCCCAUCUGACCCAGCAAAGCGCAUUUUAUGGAUUUC